UGCGUCCAAAAACAACCCACAUGCCAACUUGUUCACACACAUGAAACCGCUUUUAAGUCCGACCACAACAACGUGCUUGUAUGAGUAAAUAUAAAACAAUUGGUUUCAAAGUGCGACUUUUCUUUUAUACCUUAUCGUAUUGAAAUUCAAUUUUUUUAUAAACAUUUAUAGGACUCGUCAAAGUGCAACAAAGUUCAUUUGGAUAAUUGUUAAAACGCGAGUGAGUUUUUAUCGGCUAAUCAUACAAAAAGACCGUUUCAAAAUAGAAGACUAUGAUAUUUCAGACGACCGUCAACACUUCAGGUAAAUGUCAACAUUGCACACUGCAGACGACGUCCACGGUGGCCGGUUGAGGUCAUGACGACGCGAUGCGGUCCACCGACGGACUGCUGGCACUGCUGUGGGUCAUCACCACUAUAGCGGCUACGGUGAGGACUCCGCGUGCCGCUGCGGCCACUUGCCCACAGCCCAACGACGCCAUCCGGCGCUGCAAGUGUUCUAGCCGCGACAACGAGAUACAGAUAUGGUGUAGCCACGGGGAUUCGAAUACUAUAUUGGAUGAGUUGAAGCAGUUGGCCUCAUCGAUCACCGACCCGGUAGACGAGCUGAUUUUAGAAAAUAAUGCCAUUUCAUCAAUGCCCCCAAAAGCGUUUUCUACGUUGAAAAUCAUACGGUUAAUGUUACGCGAGAAUGGGAUCCAAAAAAUCGCCUCCAAUUGGUUAUCAGACCAAGAGACGUCUCUAUUAGAAUUGUUCAUUGUGGAAGCGGAGCUGCGGAGUUUUCCGGAAGAAAGCCUUAUGUUAUUACCCAGAUUGGAAGCGCUGACCCUGAUCACGGGGUCACUAACAAGAUUGCCACUGAUUUCCGGUUUGGCUAGGCUGAGGUACGUCCAAAUCGAAGCGUCAUCGCUUAUAAAUAUAGAACCGGGCAAUUUUCUGGGACUGCCAUUCUUGGAACAGUUGCACAUCACCGGGUCGUCGAAAAUGCAAAAAAUGGACAUUGGCACCAUACAGGACUUGCCCAGGCUGAUACUGCUAAACUUCACCGACUGCGGUCUGGCCUGGUUGCACCCUAGAGCCUUUGCUCGUCUACCAUCCCUAAUGGAAUUGUCGCUUGUCGGUAACAAGUUGACGGAUACGCAGAAUAUUGGAGGUGCCAUCAGAGAUUUUACGUCCCUCACUACCAUCCGACUGGAUCGGAAUGAGAUAGAAUUUGUCAACGAGGCCACGUUUGUAGACAUACCGUCGUUGCGCAACGUACACAUGUCCAACAACAAAAUAGGUGACAUACGUCGUGGCGCUUUUCACCGGAUGCCAAACCUGAAGGUGAUUGAUAUGAGCAAUAAUCAGCUACGGCACAUCCACCCUGAAUCGUUUAUACCGAUUCGCGACAACAACCUAGAAGAACUCUGGUUGUCCGAAAACGCUAUCGACAACGCGAUGACCAUUCGGUUGAUCCUGGACAUGUUUCCCAAGCUAAGGUUUCUAGAUGUCAGUCGCAAUCAAUUGCAGGAUAUCGUGUACGGUUCUAUCCAAGGUCAUUCCAGAUUAGAAAUGCUUUACUUGGAACACAACCGGUUGCAGAGAGUGGGCCGGGAAACGUUUUCAGCCAUGCCCAUGCUCAGAGAGUUGAGAUUGGCCAAUAAUUCACUGUCCAACUAUUUGGCCAUCCCCCUGUGGAAUUUGCCAAUGCUGAAAGGUUUAGAUAUAUCCUUCAACAAGUUCGACAAACUUGAACGCCGCAUGCUAGCCACAUUACCUUCUCUGAGACGUUUCGACAUUAGCCAUAAUGACAUCGGCUCUUUGGACCCGACCACUUUUGUUGACACCCCAAAUUUAGAACACAUCAAUAUUUCACACAACCACAUAGAUUCCAUAAAUUCAUUAACGUUCACGCAUCUGUACCACAUGUACGAAUUUGAUGCCAGCUACAAUAGAAUCAAUCACUUUGUAGGUGGAUUACCCAGGGCUAUUGAAUAUCUAUAUUUGUCUCAUAAUAAAAUCAUGAGUUUACCAAGCGACGGCUCGACAGAUUUGCAUUUACCCGCAUUAAAACUUCUUGACAUUUCUGACAACGGUAUCCACAGAGUGCCAGCAAGCUCGUUGACUGCUUUGAGUUUAUUGCGAUGGUUAUACUUAGGUGGCAAUUCUAUACAGAAGCUGGAGAAUGGAGCUUUCGGUGGUCUAAGUCAACUGCAAACGUUGACGUUAAAUGACAACAAGCUUUUGAGUAUACAUUCUAAUACAUUUAAAGAAUUACCUCUUUUAACUGAGUUGACUUUGAAGGGCAAUAGAUUAGAAUUGAUGGAACCAUCCCUAUUUGUCAACAAUUUGAAACUAAAAAAAUUAGAUAUAAGUAAUAACAGAUUAACCGAAGUUCACGAGUCGUACUUUUCUGUAAACAAAGAACUUGAGGACUUAUCAAUAGCACAUAAUGCUCUGACGGAGUUCCCUUCGUCGUUAGCUGUCAAUCCAAACCUAAAAACACUUGAUUUGAGAAACAACGAAAUAAGGCAUAUGAAAAAAGGAAUGGUCUCCUCGAUGCCACAUCUGAAAGAAUUAUACUUAUCAGAAAAUAAAUUGAGUUCUCUAAAUGAAGGUGCUUUCCAACAGCUUCCGAAUUUGACUAUUUUGGAAAUGGAAGGUAACAACCUAGAUACGUUGCCAUCAUACGGUAUUCAAGGCAUGCCAAAUCUUAUGGUGCUCAAGUUGGCCAGGAACAAAUUGGCGUCCUUACCAAGCGCUUCCAUGGUUAACCUGCCCAUGUUGCAAGUGAUGGAAUUGCAAGAAAACCAACUAAGCGAAAUCGCUAGCGACGCUUUCGUGGGCAUGCCCAAUUUGAUCAUGUUGAAUUUAAGCCAUAAUUCUUUAAACGGUAUGGAAAAAUCUGGACUGAGUACCCUUAGAAAUCUGGAAGUUCUCGAUUUGAGUCACAACAAGCUCAAACAGAUUGCAACGAGAAGCAUACAGAACAUGCAUUCUUUGAUUAUGCUGAAACUGGACAAUAACAGGCUUUGCAACAUAAUGGGAAGUCCGUUUGAUGGCAUGGGUCGCUUGAGAGUCUUAAGUUUACGGGACAACAAAAUGACUUCUCUGUCGGAAACCACGUUCAACAGCAUCCGACCAACCAUUUCCCGUUUGGACGUUGACGGUAAUCCCGUGCACUGUUCGUGCAAUAUGAAAUGGUUACAGUCAUGGUUGAGGGCUUCGGCUGACACUUCGGGGCCUAGAUGUACUGACGGUACUCCUUUGAGAGAGAUGUCGUUUACGACGAAGCAGUGCGAUGAAAGGGAACUGAAUCUUGCCGAACACAUUCCCGGGUGUGAAGUCGAAGCCAUUCCAGUUGCUAACGCCAACACGGGUACGUCGAACAAAGUCCAAGCUUGGGUGGAAAACAACGAAGAGGCGACGGUAAACAAGCCUUUGCCGGAAGAGACGGACUAUUUCUACGACGAAGCUGUCGAUGUGGACGAGAAACCGGAUGUGCAGAGAGGACUAUCGACCGAAAAGGCCGUGACGACCAUAUCGCCGGCGGUGUUGUCGCAUUACGUGCCGGGUGAUACUCCUACGUUAUACGCGGGUACCCGGACCAACGGGUCUUCGUCAUCGUACACGGAAGAGCACCCGUCGCAGAGCAAUUCCGGCGGCAGCGCGUUUACGUUCUUCGGGGUGCCCAUACCGCCGCUGAACUUCAACAACAUUUGGGGACAGACAAAGGGCAACGGCAAGCGACUAAAGGAUGGCCGGCGUAACUCGACACCCAAAAAUCCAUCGCCCACUGUGGCGGUGGAAAAUGAAGCAGACAGCAGCAGUGGCGGCGGCGGCUUUACGCCCAUGUUGCCAGGUAUCGGCGGCUUCAGGCCGAUGACAGCGUCGACUCCGGCUGCCACCAACGACAACGAUGACGACGACGAGGACUUGUUUUCCGAAGACGUCGAUGACCGUGGCGAAGUUGACUACAUGUAUCGAAAUAAGACGAUGACCACGAAAAUCAAAUCCAAGUACCACAGGUAUGGCAGCAGCACGACCGAAAAUCCGUUUCAUUUCGAGAGGGUUCCGCCGGUCAGCGACUCCGGCUCCCCAAAAUUGUCUAACAACACAACGCGUGACUCGCUAUACGAAUCGGCCACCAUCAACUCGAUCAUACGGCCGACGGCCAACCCAAAUCUGGCCAAUUAUCCGUCACAGACAACGGCCAUUAUGAGCACACCGCAGAACACAAUAGCUACCGGCCAUUCAGAAAUCUCCCUAAAACAGUCCACAGUUAGCCAUCAUCAGACAAUCGCGCCUUCGACUACUCAACAACAACAACAGUCAUCGGCGACAUCGAUGGUGACACCUCCAACGAUCGCCUCGUCAAACGUAGUGUCUAGCGUAUCCACGCCGUCGUCGCUGUCGGGGUUUCUAGCACCCGGCGGACAGCUACCCGAUAAAAUGGGCGCUGUAGGCAACGUGGUGGUCACCGGGAAACCGUCCAUCGUGAAAGUCACAUUGAGCCCGACCACUCCAGGACUACCACAGCAACAGCACACAAAACCGCCGGACGAGAUGCCACACGGCACCCAUUUACAGCGGUACCCCAAGAGCCCACAUAACCAUCAGGCGUACCAAUUGCCGCCCACUAGGUCAACAGACGCGUUCCAAUCGACACCGUUUCGGACGAGCUCGGCCAGCGACUGGUACUACGCAAAUUACAACAAGACCAACGUGGAACCGUACGUCAGCAAGACUCUAGUGUCCCAUGGAAGCAGUCUCUAUGGGUCCGUCGGAAUAAAUGUGAUCGCAGUGUUUGCGUUAACGUGUGUCCUGUGGUAGUACCUCGCAUACAAAUUAUACUUAUUUUCAUCAUAUAUCUUAUGACGACACAUGAUAGGUGCGAAAAGAUGCAUGUACAUGUAUAAAUAAAUAGUUUAGAGAAUGUAGUUGUUUAUUAUGAAUAAUAUAAUACAAUAUAGCGUAUUAAUGUUUGAA